AUGUUAUGUAAUUCACUUCUGUAUCGCAUUUGUAUUGCACAGUACAAUGCGUUAACUAAGCUUGUUGUCAAACUGUUGUCUCGACUCUCAUGUUGUUCUUCAUCUAACGCUCACUCAGGAGGCGGUGGAGGCGUCGGCGGCGGUGGAGGAGGAGGUGGUGGCGGAGGUGUCGGUGCCGGCGGUGGUCCGCGACGGAUGAACCACGUGGUGGCCAACAAUCAUCACCAGCAGCUGCAACAACACCAUCAACAGCAACAACAACCACAACAACCACCACAGUAUCAACAGCUGCCUCAGCGACCGUCGAGUGCGACACCGUUUGAGCGGUUCGUAUACCAGCCGUCGUCCACACUCUUCGAUGAGGAUCCGGGCAUUAUGUCUGAGAUCGAGACCUCCGCCACCGGAUUCAGACGCGGCAAUAAAGCGCGCUCUUCGUUGCCGAUCGUGAGGACGCCCUCCAAGACUCAGGACCGCUCACUCGGACUCGUGUUCCUGCAGUUCCGCUCCGAGACCAAGAGAGCGCUUCUGCCCAAUGAAAUCACGUCAUUAGACACCGUCAAAGCACUCUUCGUCAGAUCGUUUCCACGGCAGCUAUCGAUGGAGUACUUGGACUGUUCGGUGAUACGGAUCUACAUUCACGACGGAUCCAAAGACAUGUUCUACGAGUUGGAGGACUUCCGCGAUAUCCGCGACCGGUGUGUACUGCGGAUCUACGAGCACGGCGUGAAUGGCCCGCAGCCGGUCGGCGGUCACGCAAAUAUGCCCGUUAUGUCCGACAGCGAACAGUUUGGCUACUUUUCCGAACCGGAGUUUGAGUCGGAAUACCAGUCCCAACACAUACAUCGCGGCAAAAGGGGUCCCAUCGUGGCCGACAAACCCCUGCCCACCACUGGCGGACAGUCCCAGUAUUACGGCACUAUUAUAUUGCCCGCUCAGUAUCGACAGCAGGUUAUGGUCGGCCGGCAGCCGUCAUACGGCGGCGCCGCACAGCCGGCUCCUCAACCGCCCGAACGGAAACCAUUUCCGGGCUAUUCGCAAACCCUUCCCCGAAACGCCCACAUUAUGUCACUUUACGGCAAUGUAAACGAUGCCAACAAUACUAACAAUAUUAACCAAAACCAAUCGCCGAGUUCAGUGGCGCCGUCGCCAACGCAACGCCCGGUGUCUCCCGAUUUGAUACAAAAGCCACGGCCUAAAGACCCCAUCGGUCAAAUGAUGUCAACGGGUCCGCCGCCCAAACCUCAGCGUUCAUUCGCCUCCCGUUCAGCACUACCUCCGACCCAGAAUAUGAACUCGCCGUCAAUGGUUGGCCCGCAAUACCAUCAGAAUCGGCCGCUUCCUGACCGGCCGUAUUCGGUCGCCGGUCACUACCCGACGCCCGCCUAUGGGCAGGACUUUUCCGGUUACCUGUCGUCACCCGAGCGGCGAAUGCCUCACGAGAAUCAAACUCACGUCAGGUCCUCCUUCUCGGGCUAUCCCUCGUCGGCGAUGCAGUUCGAGGACCCGUACGGCGUAUACGGCAUGAGAUCGGGUGCCGCCACACCUGUCAUCGACGAAGAGGCCAGAGUCCGGAUGCAACAAAUGGAGAGACAGAUCGUUAGCCUAACCAAUGUUGUGUCCAAAGCUCUAACACCCGCGCAAAGCAUGAAAUCCGAAGAGAAAUCCGUAUCAUUUUCUGAAGAGGCCUCAGACUCGGAUCAGUUCAUACAUUGCCCACAGCGCGCAGACAAGUCGGGAAAGCCGGCGCCACCGCCCAAACCGGCGGCACUGGUUGGCUAUAGGGGUGAACUGCCGCUACACAUAACCACUGAUAUGUUGUCGCAAUUGAAACAAAUCCGCAAAAAGACGAAAGACCUGCGCGGAGAGGUUCGGUCGCUCAGACGACUGGCCCUCCAGCAGACCUCCAACGCGAAGGAGACACUGCGCGACACAUGCAAUAAGAUUAAGACAACGCUGGCGUUCAUCACCGGUUCGUCCGACUGUCAGUUCCGAUUGGAGAGAAUGCGAAUAUCGCAGGAAAGGGACAGUUAUGGUCACGACGUGUGUCGGCUCGACAAAGACCUCCACGAGUUGGAGACACAGGUGGAAGAGUUGCGCUCUAAUGUGAUAAACAGGAGGUGUCGCGUCAAUAUGUCACACGUCGAGACCAUGGCGUUAGUGCUCUCGCGGGCCUCCAAAACGGUGGCCGAUCUCAAGAACCGAUUCCCACCCCUAAACCAAACGCUAAAGUCUGUUAUGAGUCAAGAGAUGGAGUGUUGUGUCCGCGAAGAGAAAUUUUUGAAGGAAGAGCCCGAAAGGCUUGAGACAGCGCUCAAAAGGUGCAAAAAACUUACCGGAACUUUGGUUACACUCAAGAGAUUGGCGUCAGUCCAGGAGCAGAGGUCGACCACAAACAGUUCGUCGCCAUCGUCUCAAUUGCUUCAGUCGGUGUCGACCGACGGCUCAGACAUCGGCUCAAGAAUGUAUGACACGGAGAUGGAGCCGCACACUAUCAUUCAGGUGACUCCGGCCACCCCUCUGCCCGCCGACGCCUCCAAAACCAAUGUCUUGGACUCACUUCUGGACGAAUUGCAGACAUUCUCGAAACCAUCGCCGGUGUCGUCGACGGCCAACAACGCGCUGAUCGGCGGCCAGACGUCGACCGCUAGAAAAUUGCUGCAAUCGAUCGGUUCAGUGGACUCUUCGGUCGCCAAAAAAGGUGAUUGGAUUAUAUGA